AAAAUUACCGCGAGCGGCCGACCCAAUUUGUGAUUUGCACGAAAUUUCGACUCCCCAUCGUCAAGUCGACAUCUCACACCCAGACCUUCGCAAUGGCCAAAAUUUCACGUGGUGCCCCCGGUGGCAAGCUCAAGAUGACCCUGGGUCUCCCAGUUGGUGCCAUCAUGAACUGCGCAGACAACUCCGGCGCGCGUAACCUCUACAUCAUCUCCGUCAAGGGUAUCGGUGCCCGCCUCAACAGGCUGCCCGCUGGCGGUGUCGGCGACAUGGUGAUGGCCACAGUCAAGAAGGGAAAGCCUGAGCUCCGGAAGAAGGUCCACCCGGCCGUCAUUGUCCGUCAGUCCAAGCCGUGGAAGCGCUUCGAUGGCGUCUUCCUAUACUUCGAAGACAACGCUGGUGUGAUUGUCAACCCCAAGGGCGAGAUGAAGGGCUCCGCCAUUACCGGGCCCGUCGGCAAGGAGGCUGCGGAGCUCUGGCCCCGUAUUGCCAGCAACUCUGGCGUCGUGAUGUAAAGGGGUGUUUGGGAAGGAAUGGGUUAUUGGCUUGCGAGUGUUACGUCUUGGGUCGGGUCGUCCCUCGCCUACAAGUCCAGGGCGCUAAACUCAGGUGCUUGGCGGUUUCCUGAAAGGUCGCCCUUUCGUUUAUCUCGAUACGAAGUCUUUUCUUGUCCCGGGUUGUGCCGUGGGUUGUGUAGAUAUGAUCGGGUGAUAAUGAUCGGUAUGCU